CACAUCAGGAAGAGAGAGAGAGAGAAAUCAAAUCCUCCAUUUAUUAGUCCAUCUUAAUUAACAUUAUAGCCAUAACAAAGGUACUCUUGUUGUUGGGUUUUUCUUCUUGAUCUCAUCUUCAUCACCAUCUUCAUUGAUUUUGCUUCUUUGAGUUUCUUGAUUCCGAACCCAACGAAGUUGAGAUGUUAGAGAAAAUGGCAGGAGAAGCAAUCUCAAAUUCUUUCACACAAAACUCAACUGUUGCAGGAUCUAAUGCUCUUCCAAUUAAGAGAAAGAGAAAUUUACCAGGAACUCCAGAUCCCGAAGCUGAGGUAAUCGCCUUAUCACCGAAGACUCUAAUGGCUACCAAUAGAUUCUUAUGUGAGAUAUGUGGGAAAGGUUUCCAAAGAGAUCAAAAUCUUCAACUUCAUCGAAGAGGACAUAACCUUCCAUGGAAGCUAAGGCAAAGGACUAGUAAAGAACCAAGGAAGAGAGUCUAUGUAUGCCCAGAAAAAAGCUGUGUUCAUCACCAUCCUUCGCGGGCUCUCGGUGAUCUUACUGGUAUAAAGAAACAUUUCUGUAGAAAACAUGGAGAGAAGAAGUGGAAAUGUGAAAAAUGUUCCAAACGUUAUGCUGUUCAAUCUGAUUGGAAAGCUCAUUCAAAAACUUGUGGCACUAGAGAGUACAGAUGUGAUUGCGGGACUCUAUUUUCGCGGAGAGAUAGUUUCAUCACACACAGGGCUUUCUGUGAUGCUUUAGCAGAAGAAACAGCAAGAGCUACAGCAGCAUCUAAUGUGAUCAAUGCAACAACAGGGAACUUCAAUUAUCAUCUUAUGGGGACAUCACUAGGACCCAAUAUGGUUCAACAUUUCUCUUCUUUUUUCAAGCCAAUCUCAAGCAAUGAAGCAACAAUUGAGCAACCUAGCAGAUCUGGUCUUUCUCUGUGGAUGGGUCAAGGAUCUCAAGUUAGCAAACCCUUAAGCAAUAAUCUUACAGAGUUGCAUCAAUUAUCAUCUUAUACUGAUCCUUUCACUUCAUGCACAAAUCCUCUACAAUCAGAGUACCAAUUCAAUUGGGUUUAUGGAAAUAAGCUUUCUUCAACCAAUGCUGGUGAGCUAACAAGCACGUCACUGCCAUUAAGCAAUAUUAAGGAAGUUAGUAGUCCUCAGCUAGCAAGUGCUCCAUCAUUGUACAGCUUCCAGCAGCAGCAUCAACAUCACCAACUAUCUACAGCAAACAUGUCUGCAACAGCUUUGUUACAAAAAGCUGCUCAAAUAGGUGCAACUUCAACAACUGAUCCAUCCUGCUUUCUUGGGUCUUUUGGAGUCAAGUGCAACAACAACAAUACUCAAGUUGAAGAUGAAAACAAAUACAAUGGAUUGUUCAGUUCAAACCCAACAACUAAGAUUGGAACUGAUUUAGAUCAUGGGUCAAUGAACAGUUUAUCUACUUUGGAUCAGUUUCAGAUGUACCCUAAGAAAUGCCCUAACACCCAAGAUGAUACAGGAGGACAAACUAGGGAUUUCUUAGGGGUUGGUGUUCAAACAAUCUGCCCAUCAUCAAUCAAUGGAUGGAUCUGAUUUGAAGAUGGUUUUUUUUUUUUUUUUUCUGAAUUGCUCCCCUGCUUAUCCCUGAAAAAGCAUAUAUAGUUUAUAAUAAAUUGGAGGAAGGAAAGGUGGUAUAAGUGCUUCUGCUAAAGGAAAUGCUUAGAAGCUUGUUUCCAACAGUGUUGAUGGAGAUCCAUGCAUAUUCUGCUGAACCCUGAAAGUUGUUCCCUUUAAAAAAUUGUCACUUUUGUUUUGAGAAAAAAGAGGCUUAGUGGGGGCAAAGCAACAGACCCUUUUGAACUCCAUUAUUGCCUUGUUUCAUUUCUAUCAUAAUUGUAGUCUUUUCAAACUGGGCUUAUAAAAGUAUUUGAGCAUUUAAAAA